AUGGGCAAUAAUAUUUCUGACCCCUCUAUUCACUUAGUAAAAAGUGAUUGCUUGAGAGGCGGAUUUACGAUCUGUAAAAAUGAUAAUUUCGAGGUUUCAUUCCACCAUACCGUUCAAACUUCAUAUAACAAAUUUCGUAUUAUCAAGUACCUUAGGACACAUACGACAACUAAUAGGAACGAUGAUUCUCAAAGUGAUAUGAAAAUUAGUACGUGUACAAACCUGCUUGCGUGUGAUGAUCUACUUAGCUCAUCGAUACCUGUUAGGCUGCGUCAUCCGUCCAUUCUUCGUGUCCACAAGGCUUGUUCUGAUGCACUUGAUAGUUUGUACCUGGUGGUUGAAAACUCAGUCCCAUUUAGUGCUUUCGUUACCAAUCCCACCAUGGAUGACUUACUAGCUGGGUCCUAUAGUCUUCUUUCUGCUCUCAACUUCCUGCAUAAUACACUUGGAGUUUCGCACAAUAACGUGGAUACUACCAGCGUAUUUAUUGAUUCAAAUAUGUGUUGGAAGUUGUGCGGUUUUGAGCUCGCUCUGGAAUUUAAGAAUAUGUCUGCUGACCAUGUACGAAGAAUUGAAGCUUUGAAGGGACAACAAGACGCUAAAGCUCUAAAUUUUGAUCCGGCGUAUGCUUUCUGUUAUGAUAUAUAUUGUUUUAGCCGAAUGAUUUGUACGCUAACUGAUAUAGGCGAAGGUCCUUUCUAUAAUCUCGUGCAGGUUUUAAUUAACUCUUGCAUGCAUAGUUCACCCAAAGCACGUAUACCUUCUGACCACCUACUAGCUCACCCAUCUUUCAAAAGCCCAUAUAUAUCCACAUUGGACUUUCUAGACACAUAUGUGAGUCGUAAUGAUGAGGAGAAGGAAGUGUUCUUCAGAUCAUUUACAGAAAGUGUGUUUAACAGGAUAUCAGAAGAGUUAUUUUGUCGCAAAAUUUUACCAAAAAUGUUCGAAAACACUAUCUUUCUUGAUUAUCCGGCUCAAACCCUACUUGCGCAGAUUUUCCACGCUUUCGAAGAAAACCUUCAAGAGUCACCUAAAUCCAAAUUGAUCAUAUCUCUUCGAAAUUUUCAGAAGUUUGUCAAUCCUUUAAUUGUUCAAAAAUUUAUGGUUAAUGAGAGACAUACGCGUAUUUUAUUACUUCAGCACUUCACUGGUUAUUUAAAAACACUAACUGAUAGUGAUUUGUUAAAUGUGAUAUUACCACAAAUAUGUCGUGGAGUUUUCGAUUGUCAUAAUGCAUUAUCAGUUUCAAGUUUACAAGCGUUAGGAUGUCUUGCUAGUCGUUUAAAUGCUACUGUUGUUUUAAAUAAUUUACGUCGGAUCGAAGAAAGCCUAUAUAAAGCUGGCAGUUUAUCUAAUAAUUAUAAUCAGAAUACGAACACUGAGGGAAAUAAUAGAUUUGUUACUUAUGUAUGGCCUCGUAAUAAUCUAUUUUAUGAAGCUGCACCAAAAAUUAAUCGGACUAAUCGGGAAAUUCCUUUAUGUGAGAAGAAACAAACCCAUGUGUUAAAUGAAUCCAGUCGACCGCUAGCUCAAUUGGCCGUUUUUUCUCCAAAUUAUGAUCCAUCUAUGAAUUCCUGUUUAUUAAGCUAUACGGAUGACCUUUCCACUGAUUCUCGUCUAUCGAAUAAUGAUGUACUUAAACUGUCGAGUACUAUAACGGGAGCCAGUACUAUUACUUAUACUCUGACUACUACUACUACUAAUACUGCCAUUAAUAAUGAUAUUGAUAAUGAUAAUAAUUUUCGUCAAUCAAAUGAAGUCGAAAAAUUCCAGUGCAAUACUGAAAAUACUUUUGAUGAAGAUACUAAAUUUUCUAGUUUAGUUGAUAAACCCGUGGUACAUUAUUCAUCAUCGUCGUCAAGGGAAUUGGUUGUGAAUGGAAAAUCAUUAGUAUAUUCUGAAAACAAUUCUAAUUGUUUGAAUAACCCUGUAGAAAUUUCUAAUGACGAACGUGAAAUUGAUGCUCUCCUUACAUUGAUGGAACCUAAAAUUGUACAGAAACCUAUUCCAUUUUCUCUCAGGUAUUCAGUUAUUCCUGAUGAAAUGGAAAUAAAUCGAUUGAACGGACUAUCAUUAGAACAGUCUGCUGAUGGGGAUACUGAAACCAAUGGAUGGGAAGAUGCAUGGAAUACAGAUACAUGA